AUGCAUCUAUCUAUCUAUCUAUCUAUCUAUCUAUCUAUCUAUCUGUUUCCAAAAGAGCUGUGCCUACAUUCUCAAGAAUUAUUGCUUUCGCACAAAGAAUUAUAUACUGAGGGAAAUUUAAUCAAUAAGGAGGCUUAUCUAUAUAUUGCUGUUAUUCCCAUUCUAUUUCCUAUCUAUCUAUCUAUCUAUCUAUCUAUCUAUCUAUCUAUCUAUCUAUCUGUCUCAGGCUCUGUUCAUAAUCCAUCCUAUCUAUCUAUCUAUCUAUCUAUCUAUCUAUCUAUCUAUCUAUCUAUCUGUCUGUCUCAGGCUCUGUUCAUAAUCCAUCCUAUCUAUCUAUCUAUCUAUCUAUCUAUCUAUCUAUCUAUCUAUCUAUCUUUCAUUCAUUAUCUCUCUAUCUCUCUCUCUAUAUCUAGCUAUCUCACCGUCUACUCUGUUCAUAAUCCAUCCUAUUUUCUAUCUAUCUAUCUAUCUAUCUAUCUAUCUAUCUAUCUAUCUAUCUCACUAUAUCUCAGUCUGUUCAUAAAUCUAUCUAUCUAUCUAUCUAUCUAUCUAUCUAUCUAUCUAUCUAUCUAUCUAUCUAUCUCACAGUCUGUUCAUAAUCCAUCCUAUCUAUCUAUCUGUCUAUAUUUCAUGGUUCAUCUUUUCUAUGUUUUCACUUUUCAUACUUCUUUCAUUUUGUCAUCUUACUUUCCACAUUCCUUAUUCCAGCGGUUGUCUUUUUUUCCUUCCAUUAUUUUUUGUUCAUUUUCGAUAUCAAAUUAUUUUCGGUAUUUUCUUUUUCUUCUUCUCCUCCGCUUUCUUCUUUCUUUUCAUUUUUUUCUUCCUCGUUUUUAUUUCCUUGUUAGUUUUUUUGUGCUAUUUUUAGUUUUAUUUAAUUCCUUCCAUUUUUCUAUUUAUUUGAUCGUCUAUCUUUUAUUCUUUGAUUUUCUUUUCUUCCGCCACCAUUCUGUUACUCUUUCUUUCCUCUUUAUUUUAUUGUCUUUCUAG